AUGGUCCGUUCUCUGACUGGGUUCGGCAAAGGAGGACCUUGUCAUUUUAAAUGUCCCGACGGUAGCAUGCCAAGACCAAACCCAGUCCAUGCAUCUACAACAAAUGGAUGUGGAGUUUUUGGCUUUCAGGUGGAUUCCCAGCUGUUUCCAGCUGUUACAACGUGUUGUGAAAAGCAUGACAUCUGUUAUGACAAGUGCAACAGUGAUAAAAGUAAAUGUGACACAGACUUUCAAACCUGCCUGCGAAUGAUUUGCAAAAACUUACACAAAGCUACUGGUGGUACAGAACUCUAUGAGGGAUGCGUAAGUAUUGCAGAUUUGGCAUACAAAGCCACAGAUGCUGCUGGAUGUAAAACAUUUUUGGAAUCUCAGAGCAAUGCUUGUAUUUGUGAUGGUUCUCAAGGUACAGAUGGAAAGCCUCCACCUCCAGGUUGGAAAGGGACAGAUCAAAAUUCAACAACCCCACCCAAUGCUGAUACAGCCACUCAUACCAAUCUUCCUCCUGAUAAAAGUGGCUCUGCCAACUCAAAAGACACAUCAGCUGAUUCAUUUUCAGCAUCUGAGAAGAAAAAAAGUGGCUCAUUUGAUGAUUUGAACAAGAAAUCUAAAAGCAAAGACAAGUCGCAACAGGGGAAAGAAGAGAAUCCAAACUCAUUCGGCCAAGAAGAUUCUCAGGGCAAUGUUAUAUAUGAUCAUGCGAAUAUCAUAAAAACGAACAUGGAUAAAACAAAUAACCGUCAACGUGGAAAGUAUGAAGAUCGAAAAAAGGACCAGAAAGGAUCUGGCAAAAAAAAGCAUGUGCACUACAACGACGAAGAAUUUGACAGUGAUGAGGAUUCUGAUACUCGAGGUGGAAAAUUACCAAGACGUAAAGGAGGAAAACGAAGGGAUGAGUUUUAA